GAGGCUGAGCUAUUGCAGCCAGCACACCACGAACCUUAAAGCCAGAAAGACAGAGGGAGAAGUGGGCAAUCGAGAGUUCACAGCAUGGCCACCUGCCCCGACACCGAGUACUGCUAUUCGCACCGCGUCAGCCCUCUGGUCUACGGGCAACGCUUCGACAGUGAGCUUCGCAAGGGAGCAGCGCCCAACAUCUUCGAGUCGGUGAACCAGGCGGCUCUGCAACGCCUGUUCGAGCGAGCAGGAGACAGGAAAGCCGAGGAGAGGGCGAGGAUCAUUUCCACAAACCAAGGCAGCGAGGAGAUUACUCGAGCUCUGAUCGCACUGAAGCUCAGGAAGAGGAUGAAACUCCUGCAACUGUUCCACCUUAGCGGGAAACGUUUGCAGCUUCUCUCAAGUCCUCGAUAAAGAGAAAUGGACGGGAACGACGGAGACUGUCGCGCAUUUUGCUUUCACUGAAAGAGACAAAUCGCAGGACGCUCCUAAAGCUGCAGCAAAGGACGUUCUCGAGAAGAAACGACAGACAUUUGUUCUCAAAUGUGCAAAUCGUUUGCCUCUUCGAUAUUAUAGGUGUGUGAAUCGCACUGGGCAGCUCGGCCAAGGGCUCCAUCACAGCUUCCAAACGUUUCCAAUUUCCUUCUAAAAUCGGGAGGGCACAGUCUGGAGCUCUCAGUCAGAAGACGCCAAUUAGGCGGAAGGGGCUGGCGGGUAGGACUCAAGGACUGUCGAGAAACUUAGACGGGACAUGGUGUAUUUAUUGAUGGAACUUUGCAUGUGAUUACUCCAAAGCCAUCUUUAUGAACAUUGUUCAUGAUUUUUGUUUA